UUAACUUUCUUUCGUAACAUCAUUCCAUGCAGAUAAAGCCGGAAUCAUUUAGCUCAUUUCCAUUACCUAGGCUAUGCGCUAUCAAUGGUACCAUGCGAAAACCAACGGUUGCUUGCUGCUCUCUAUUUCGACCAUUCCUCUUCCCUAUGUAGCAGUAAUGGAGCCUCUCUCGAGCCGUAUUAUAUACAGAAGUAACAGAACUAUCAAGGCACCUAAUUCUCAUGCAGCAGCCACUGCAACAGAUUGCUCCCAUGAGCACGACAGCACUUGUGAGCAGCACUCGAAUAUCCUAACAGAUUUCAGAAGGAAAUCUUCCAAGCACAAAUGAGGAUAUGACACCUGUCUCAUAUCUAGAAGAUUCUCAUAUAACCAACUGAGUAAUUGAACACCGUAUGAUCAAAUUGUAAUCAGAUUGUUCUCCUUGGUGUACUUGUAUAAAUAUGGAUUGGAAAUGCAAUGUAAAUGAGAUAUACAAGAAAUGCGAAUGAAAAAAAGGCUCUGCCUCCAUUGAUGCUUUUCUUCGAAUACUUAGUGUGCUUGUUUCUUUUAGCUUCUGCCAUAAACUCCUUAGGAACCACAACGCCCUUCUGAAACACAGACACUUCAAACGUCAUAACAAGAGUAGUAAGCGGUAAUGGCAUCCACCGAAAUUAGCUUGAAGCUCCUUAUUGACACAAAGGGUCGCAAAGUCCUGUUUGCAGAGGUUGGAAAGGACUUCGUGGACUUCCUAUUUACCCUUCUUUCUUUCCCGGUUGGGACUGUGAUUCGGCUCCUCUCGAAGAAUGGUAUGGUGGGUUGCCUAAGCAAUCUAUAUAAAAGUAUAGAAAAUCUGAAUGAGGCAUACAUGCAGCCAAACCAAGACAAGGACACCAUUCUGAAGCCCAAAGUUACUGUAGGUGCUGGUUAUAAUGCCCCUCUCUUGCUGACAGAUGAUGAAUCCAUCAACAGACAGCAAUAUUUCAUGUGUUCCAAGUAUCAUCGAAAUGUGGCUGAUAAUCCAAGUACCAUUUGUCCUCAUUGUGAAUGCUUAAUGAAUAUUGAGAUUCCACUUGUUGCUCCAACAAGGACAGGAGAACAGAGAUCGUCCGAUGAGGGAGGUUUUGUGAAAGGGGUGGUGACUUACAUGGUGAUGGAUGACUUAGUAGUCAAACCCAUGUCUACUAUUUCAGGUAUAACUUUGCUCAACAAAUUCAAUGUCCAGGAAUUGGGUUCUCUUGAAGAGAGGAUGGUUACUUUUGGCCUGGAUGAGAUAAAGGUGGAAUCAUUUAGCUCAUUUCCAUUACCUAGGGCUAUGCGCUCUCAAUGGUACCAUGCGAAAACCAACGGUUGCUUGCUGCUCUUUAUCUCGACCAUUCCUCUUCCCUAUGUAGCAGUAAUGGAGCUUUUCUCAAGCCCGGUAAUGGCAUCCACCGAAAUUAGCCUGAAGCUCCUUAUCGACACAAAGGGUCGCAAAGUCCUGUUUGCAGAAGUUGGGAAGGACUUCGUGGAUUUUCUAUUUGCCCUUCUUUCUUUCCCAGUUGGGACUGUCAUUCGGCUCCUCUCAAAGAAUGGUAUGGUGGGUUGCCUAAGCAAUCUUUAUGAAAGUAUAGAAAAUCUGAAUGAGGCAUACAUGCAGCCUAACCGGAACAAGGACUCCCUUCUGAAGCCCAAAGUUGCUGUAGGUGCUGGUUAUAAUGCCCCUCUCUUGCUGACAGAUGAUGAAUCCAUUAACAGAAAGCAAUAUUACAUGUGUUCCAAUUAUCAUCGAAAUGUGGCUGAUAAUCCAAGUGCCAUCUGUCCUGUAUGUAACCGCUUAAUGAAUAUUGAGAUUUGUUUUGUUGCUCCGACAAGGACAAGUGAUCAGAGAUCGUCCGAUGAGGGAGGUUUUGUGAAAGGGGUGGUGACUUACAUGGUGAUGGAUGACUUGGUAGUCAAACCCAUGUCUACUAUUUCAGGUAUAACUUUGCUCAACAAAUUCAAUGUCCAGGAAUUGGGUUCUCUUGAAGAGAGGGUGGUUACCUUUGGCAUGGAUGAGGGUUUGAAGCUGCUGAAGGAAUCCCUGAGUUCCAAGACAGUUCUAAGCAGUGUUUUCCUUGGGAAUACAGGGGCAUAGGAGCUUGCUAGGGGCGAUAUGUUUGCUUGGAAUAAAAUCCCAAUUAUUUCCUUAAUUUUGAAGUAAAAUGCAGUUUGCUUUGCUAAACUGUCUCAAGAAAGUGUUGUGUGAGGAGAAUAUGCUAAAGAAGUGGAAUUUUGGUGCUGUUUUUGCUUAA